AUCUUCCCUUCACGAGGUCGAGGACAAGACUUUUGAGCUUCUCCAUCCCGUGGCGUCCUCUCUGUGACCACCCGUUCAUCAUGAGAAGAUCGAGGCCGAGGAGGGCAAACGCCGCCUCUCUUUGCCUGAACCUCCCCGCUGCCCCGGCCUUCUACCCUAACGAGGAUGAAUUCCAGAACCCUCUCCAGUACAUCGACCGGAUCAGGCCCGAGGCUGAGCCGUUCGGCAUCUGCCGCAUCGUCCCACCAGCCAGCUGGAAGCCGCCGUUCGCCAUCGAAACCUCCUCCUUCGCCUUCCCCACCAAGUCCCAGGCCAUCCACCACCUCCAGGCUCGCCCCGCAGCCUGCGACCCCGACACGUUCGAGCUGGAGUAUGGCAGGUUCCUGGAGGAGCAUGGUGGCAACAGGCGGAGGCCCCGGCUGGUCUUCCGCGAUAAGGAUCUCGACCUAUGCAGGCUCUACAACGCAGUAAAGAGAUAUGGCGGAUAUGACAGGGUCGUUCACGAGAAGAAGUGGGCGGAUGUCCUCCGGAUCGUGUUUCCCGUGGCGAAGGUAUCGCCGUGCUCGAUGCACGUGCUGAGCCAAUCGUACCGCGAGCAUUUGCUUGAUUACGAGAGGUACCGGCGUUCCUUGAGCCGCGGCGGUGAGAAGGUCAGGAAAUGGCGCACAGGUGCGCGGAAAUCCAGGAAGGAAAAAUACGCUGGCGGUACUUCGGAUGGGACGAAGAAGCGGAAGCGUGCGUCAGAUGGCGAGGAUGAUACGGAAGUAGGAAUCAGGGAACCGGAUGGACAAGGCUCUGCGGAUCAAAUCUGCGAGCAGUGUGGUAGCGGGCUUCAUGGCGAAGUGAUGCUUCUGUGUGAUCGAUGCGACCGAGGAUGGCACCUCUAUUGCCUGUCUCCGCCGUUAGAAUGUGUUCCGGCAGGAAAUUGGUAUUGCUUAGAGUGCGUCAACUCCGACAAGGACAGCUUCGGUUUCGUUCCCGGAGAGAAAUACACGUUAGAUGCAUUCAGGCGGCGGGCGGAACGAGUGAAGAGGAAAUGGUUUGGAUCAACUAGCCCGACGCACCCACAGGUAGAGAAGCGGUACUGGGAGAUAUUGGAAGGUCUAGCGGGUGAAGUUCAGGUCAUAUAUGGAAAUGAUUUGGAUACUUCGUUGUAUGGGAGCGGCUUUCCGCGGGCCGGAGAUUCUGUGCCUCCAUCGGCGAAAAGGGAUGAAUGGAAAGCGUACUCUGAAAGUCCAUGGAAUCUCAAUAACUUGCCAAAGUUAAAAGGGUCGAUGCUUAGAGCUGUUCGCGAUAGCAUAACGGGCGUUACAGUGCCUUGGCUCUAUGUAGGGAUGCUGUUCUCAUCCUUCUGUUGGCAUGUUGAGGAUCAUUGCUUCUAUUCAAUGAAUUAUUUGCACUGGGGCGACCCAAAGUGUUGGUACAGUGUUCCUGGUAGUGAAGCACAUGCCUUUGAGAAGGUUAUGCGAAAGGUGCUUCCUGACCUGUUUGAAGCUCAGCCAGACUUACUAUUUCAACUUGUUACAAUGCUAAAUCCAUCUGUCUUGCAAGAAAAUGGUGUAAAUGUGUAUAAGCUAGUGCAGGAACCUGGGAAUUUUGUCAUCACCUUCCCCAAGGCAUUUCAUGCUGGAUUUAACUGUGGUUUGAAUUGUGCUGAGGCAGUCAACUUUGCUCCUGCUGACUGGCUACCUCAUGGUGGUAUUGGAGCUGAAUUAUAUCGUUUAUAUCAUAAAACUGCUGUUUUAUCUCAUGAAGAGCUUGUCUAUGUAGCUGCAAAGGUGAAUAAUUACUCAAAGAAAACUGCUCCAUACUUGAAGGAAGAAAUGCUCCGUAUAUUUGUAAAAGAAAAGUCCAACAGAGAGGCGUUGUGGAAAAAAGGUCUGGUUAAGUCAAGCCCUAUGUGUGCAAGAAAUCAGCCUGAAUUUGUUGGCACUGAAGAGAACCCAUCAUGCAUCAUAUGUCAGCAAUAUUUGUUUAUUUCAGCUGUUGUCUGUGGCUGUUCUCCAUGUGCUUUUGUUUGUCUAGAGCAUUUUGAUCAGCUUUGUGAGUGUAGUCCGAAUAAACGUUGUCUUCUCUACCGCUACACUCUUGCAGAGCUUAAUGAUUUUCUUUCUAUGGGAAAGGAGCUUGGGAUUGCAUGUUGUUUAGAUUCCGAGCCGCACCAAAAAAACAAGAUAUCUUGUGAUAGUUUCACAUACGAGGAUACCUCCAGGUUAAUGAAAAAGAUAAAGGGUCACAAUGCUUAUUUCUCACAGCUGGCUAAAGACUGGCUAACUGUGGCUCUUAGUAUUCACAGUAAUCCAUUUUCAGAGGCUGCUGCUGAGAGAGCACUAAGUGAAGCCGAACAAUUCUUAUGGUCUGGCCAUGAAGUUGACCCAGUAAGAGACAUGGUGAAGAGCCUGCUUCAUGCUAGAAGCUGGUCGCAAAGUUUGAGGACUUGUCUUGGUAAAGUUGAAAAUUGUGUGCCUCUUCAUGAUUGCUCUGCAGAAAAAGUUCCAUUGAAACAUGUUGAGGACUUGCUGGAUUUGGAUCCUCUGCCAUGUAAUGAGCCUAGUUACCACAAAUUGAAGGGUUAUGCAGAAGAUGCAAAAACUUUAAGAGAUGAAAUUGUAGCUGCUCUGGCCGCAGAUCCUCAUACUAUGAUUGCAGAGCUAGAGUGCCUACUGGCCAAAGUUUUAGCAUCUCCUAUUGAAGUGGAAGAGAGCAAUAUUAUAGGAAAAGAAAUUUCUUCUGCCAAGGAUUUCGAAGUAAAUGUAUCUCUGGAAGACCAUUUUGUGCAGAUGCCAAAGGAAACGGAUACUAUUGCCUGUGAUUCUGGUGCUGUUGCAGGGGAUGAUGUCCUCAAACUUAUAAAGGAUGGUGAAAAUUUACCCGUUAACUGUGAUAAGGAGCUCUCGCAGCUCGAUUCCAGCAGCAUUCUUUAUUGCAUUUGUCGAAAGCCUUAUGAUGAGAGACCAAUGAUUGCUUGUGAUCAAUGUGAUGAGUGGUAUCACUUUGACUGUAUUAAUCUACAAGGGCCACCACCAGAUAAAUUUUUUUGUCGUGCCUGUGAACCAGUAGUGAUGGAUCUCAUGUGUACUUCUCUAUCACCUGAUGAAGAAAGGGCAUUGGAGCAUGCAGAUGAUGUUUGUUAUUCUACCAAACUUACUCCCACACUGCUACAUGUUCGGUUGAAGGGGAGGCGAAGACCUAGAAAAGCUCGAUCGACUUUGCAAUUGAGAUUGGCAUUGAAGACUGAUUCUAGUGAAAUAGGGGCAUCGACUUCAUGUAGUGAACUGGAUAAGCAGUGGAGGAAAAAUCGCAAGCUUUGUAGAAGAACAGCUAGGCGACGAAUAAAAUUUGAAACUCUCUCUUUGUUUGUGCAUAUGCAAUAAAACUAUGAAUCAGAUUCUUUCUACCAAUUUAUCUUUAGCAAGAUCUGCAGGAGAAACAUGUUUGCCAAUGAUGUGCAGAUUGGGACAAAAAAUAAAUCCAAUGUAGGUCAAGCAUCCCUUCACUGAAGCCAAUUCUGGUGCAUUUUUCCUGUUGGACGUACGACAGCAAUUGUCACCCUUCACUAGCGGCAACACAUGGAGAGGAUGAAAGCAGGUUAUCCAUUGGCAUGAUCUUCUAUGCCUCUCAUAGUCUGAAAGCUGAGUCGUAUGGAUUCGUUAAGGAGGUCACAGACUCAUAUUGCACGAGUAUUGGGCUCUGGUGUGGCCGUGUAUACUGUAUACAGCUGCAAGUCAUCAAUGGCCAGCGAAGUCAAGUGCAUUCAACUGCACCCACCAUUAUUUCUCUACAUUGGUCUCUACCGGGCACAACUUUAGUGUCUUGGCAAAGAGAUGAUAAACACUUCAAUUCAUUUGCUUCUGCUCAUAAACGAUCCGCAAUCUCAAGUCUAUGGUAUUGCAUCAUUUUCAAAUUUUCUUUUGUUUACUCAGACCUUUUGUGACCCGUUUCUCAUUUGUACCAUGAUUGUGUUCAUAAUGGGGUUAAUUGAAUUAUAUGUAAUGCGCAUGAAA